UUGUUUCCUGAAGAGAUGAAAUCGUCAUGCAUGAAAAUGUUUCGGAAUUUAUUUUAUUUGUUGAUUCUCCAUUUUGUCCGCGGGCAAACAGAGGAGUUUCUGUCGCUCGUUCGUUCGGACCCCUCGUUCUCCAUCAAGUUCCCUCAGUUGCUCCCCCCGGUGGAGACCUAUGAUGACCUUCGACCAGUGGGUCACGACCUUCAACUUGGGUUACAACGGCCACCUACUGGCCAAGUGGCCGAGUAUUUUGAAAUACCGACCCCGAGAGAAUUAUGGGAGAAGCACGUCCGGUUGUACAGACCAGCGGUUCUACGAGGAGCUUUGAACGGAUCACCAGCUUUAAACAAAUGGAGCGACGAUUAUUUAUCCAAAAAUUACGGCGAUCAAGAGGUUCUCGUGGAGAAAAAAUAUGAGGAUCGGAGAACGGAGCCGAAACGAAUGAGAAUCGAUGCAUUCUUGCGAAACUAUACGGAACACCAGUGGUAUACUGUUUCUAUGAUGCCGGAGGAUAUGAGGAAAGAUAUUAAGGUACCAAAACCACUCAUGUGUAGCACCUUCCGAUAUAAUCUACAAGAGCUUAAUUUAUGGAUUGGAACAAAAGGAACAAGGUCAAUGUUACAUCAUGAUGCCGACAAUAUCUUCCAUUGUUUGGUCACAGGUAGGAAAGAUUGGAUUCUAAUCAACGCGGAUCAACGAGCGAAAAUUGAUAUGGUUUUGCAACGAAGCAACGCUGGUUCCGGCUUCUCUCAUCUAAACGUGGACAAUGUUGAUUUAUUCGAACAUCACGAACUAUCACAAGUACCAUGGGAGUACGCAACUUUAUACGCUGGCGAUUGUCUUUACCUCCCGUCCCAAUAUACUCACCAGGUCCGCUCGUACAAUCGAUCAAUCUCGUCCACUUUCCUGUCUUUCCCCCGAGACACCUUCGAUGAUUCCGAUUGUUCGGAUGUUGACCUGGAUAGUUACCUCAGUCUUGAUGAUGUUUAUGUUUACUGGGUGUACGAGAAGGGCCAGGAGACGGUGAACAUGGGGUACGGAAACCCCGAAGAUACAAUCACCGUGUUCCGAAACCUGUACGAACUACUAAAGGUGGAUAAGUUGGCUUUGAAUGGAUUCUUCUACGCUGGCUUUGUGGCAAGCGGCCAGGGGGUGAUGGAAAAAGUUGAUGACGUCAAAGCAUUUUUCGAAAAAUCCGACACCAAUAAUGAUUCGUUCUUGGAUAAGACGGAGUUUUAUAAAAUUCCGAUGAAUUCCUGGAAAGCUUAUUGCAGGCUUAUGGAUAAUCCCCACGGACCAACAAAAUCAGAAUUAAACAUAAACGCUGAGAAGACGAACGCAUCAGCCGCGUUUAACCCUCGUAACAAUGAUUAUUGGUUCGAUUCCCGAGCUGCCAAUGCUUGCUUAAGGUUCAUGGUGGAACAACAUGGAAAUAACGGGAAAGUUCUUCCUUUCCACGUAUUCAAAAGUAACAUGGAAACAAUAUAUGAGGGGGUGGAUGAAGCGUUUUCAUUCGUCGAUACAAACAUGGAUGGUUUGCUUCAUUUAAGUGAGAUCGUGGGAUUAUCACAACGAGCUUUAAGAAGAUUUUAUUACACUGCUUAUCGGUAUAUCGGUUCUGGGGAUUUCCCUGCUGCUGCGAUUUGCAAACACGGAGGGAAUGAGGAAGAAAAAACGAUGGAAGAAACACACAUGGCUGUUGAAGUUUUGAUCAGUUUGUUAGAAGAUUUCCCAGAAACCGGGGAAAUUACUUUACAAGAUUUCAAGCAAAGAAUGUUGGGAACGAACCAUUUUGAUAAAAAAUUUAAUUUUAACUUUGUGUUCGGUGUUUUGGACACAGAGAAUGACAGACUCCUAAGUCGGGAAAAUCUUGAACAUAUAAUUUACGGAACUGAAAACAUUUAUGCCAAGAAGUUCAUGGUCCCCCCCAAUGAAAUGGCAGUGGUUCCCCGUGAACGUCAAAACCCCGUCUCUGUCCAGUCGACGUACAUACGCCUCGUUGAGGGGGUGAGUGAGAUCAACAAGUUUGUGAAGAUGGUUUCCGACAAAAGGAAGAAGAUGAAACGUGAAAACGCAAAGGAGGAGUUGUAACUUUGGGGUUGAAUGUUGUGGCGAUGAAAUAAACGUUUUUACUGUAAGAGCUAUUUCUAAUAUUAUAUGUGUUGUUGUUUUAUGCAAAGUUUUCCAAUAAAAAGAGAUCAUGAGAUUA